GCAGGAGUGGGCGGGAUCGAGCCGGCUGCGCGCGCAGAAUUCCCGUGUGGGGGCAGUCCAAGAUGGCUGUGUCAGUGUUACGUGCUUGUCUCCGGUGCUGGAGAACUGGCAUCCGGUGGGGCUGCGGGCUACGACAGCUGAGCCAGACGCAGGGGCCUCCUGAUUACCGCAGUUUUGUGGAGUCCACAGAUGAGUUCCAGUUUGUGGAGCGUCUGUUACCCCCCACCACGAUCCCAAAGCCACCAAAGCAUGAACAUUAUCCCACUCCAAGUGGCUGGCAGCCUCCCAGAGACCCCCUACCCGAUCUGCCCUACUAUGUGCGGCGCUCCCGAAUGCACAACAUCCCUGUCUACAAAGACAUAACACAUGGCAACCGCCAGAUGACUGUGAUCCGGAAAGUGGAGGGAGACAUCUGGGCCCUGCAGAAGGACGUGGAAGAGUUUUUGAGCCCACUGCUGGGGAAGACACCUGUCACCCAGGUUAAUGAGGUGACAGGUACCUUGCGGAUCAAGGGCUACUUUGAUGAGGAACUCAAAGCCUGGCUCCUUGAGAAGGGCUUCUGAGGCCUGCUGAGCAGCCUGCAUGGACAGACUGGAGCCCAGGGAACUUUGGGAGAAGGAAGUGGGCUCUGGAGCCCCUGGGAAGGAUACAAAGACUGGAUGGAGUUGAAGAUUUGGGCAGGGCAGAAAGUAAGAGCUAACAGGUUUGGGGGUCAAAUCUUGCUUGUGUAAAAGGGAAAUGGGUCCCUAUGCAUGUGUCUACUGGCAGAGCUGUCCAGUAUGGGAGACUCACCAGGAACGGCCAAGAUAGUAAGGGGCAUUAACUGCUGUUCUUCCCGUCACUGUGGCCUGGUUUGAUGGGCUCCUUGGGUUUAACUAUUCAAAUCUAGGGGAUAUCAUCUGGUAGAAGGAUAGCCCAGUCUGGCUGAGGGGAGGGUUCACAGGGCAGGCCCAUUCCUGCUCACUGCUGGGAACACUCGUGAGACCUUGCUCUAGGCCAGACCUGGCUUGAUGGAGACUGUAAAACACAGAUGACUCAGGCAUGGGGCUAAGCGCCAAGUGCAUUGCUGGGCACUGGGGCAGAGUGCUGUGGUGGCAGCCUCAUGGACAGGGAGGCCUCUCUCAGAUCUCUGUGCCAUUCCAGACUGGGGCUGAUUGGAUGCGUUUCUAGUUCAAGGAGUUAAGCAGUUAGCUGUGGGUGGCCUGGCCACAAGGAAGUGCCCAAGCACUCCUCGAAGCCCUUGGGCUGGCCCUUCCCAAUGUCCUGGCCUGGAGUCCAGGCUGGACAGGGGUCUGCUGGCAGGAAGAUGCAGGCCUCUUAGCCCUGCCAUCCCAUACCAACCUCAGCCAAGUAGCCCUCACACUUGUCCACCCCUGGAGUCACAUGGGCCAAAGGCCUCACGUGACUGUCAGACUGGCUAAGGCAGUGUUUAGAUCCUGGUAGCCCUAGUUGAUCUGACCCAAGACGGGUAUUAAGCCUCUCUGAGGCUGUUUCUCAGUGUGUUUCUUGGAGUGUCAAAUGGGUAUGUCUUCCUAGUUGUUUAAUAAUCAACAGUGUCCUCAUUCCUGGAGGUUCCAGGCCAUCCUCAAAUCUACCGCCUCUACCAGGAAGAGGAGCUGGACCCUGACCCUAUGACACAAGCCCACCAAUUGUUAAUGCAAGUUUUUAUUUGGCUGUAUAUACAAUUUAAGCUAUUAAAAUUUGUACAAUAUUUACAAAUUAAAUAAUCAUCUGAAA